AUGGUUGCAAAAUUAAUUGUUUUCCUCCAAAUCUUCACAUAUUUUGGAUUAGCGGGAUCAAAAGACUUGGGUGAACUGAAGGACUUGUUAUACUUGUCACAUUAUGGUCCUGACAAUCCGUACGACUCAAGGAUAUUUCCAUGCCACUUUGAGUACUGUCUUGUUGGAGUAGAACUAAGUUUCCAACCGAAGUCGAUCACAGGAUUUGUUAUGGAGACUGGGAUUCUAUCGCUGACUGGUAAAAUAUCUUUAUCAUGGGUUGAUCAAAACAUCGGAGAAUGGAUGAUUGGUUCCGAGCAUAGCAGCAUUACGGAAAUGAUUUUACCGGAAGAUUAUCUAUGGCUUCCUACAAUAACUGUUUACAAUACGGUGAAGGAAUUCAAAAUGAUAAGUGAUCCAAGUCAUAAAGUACGAAUUUUGCCUAUAGCAGGUACCGGAACUCAGUCCCCAAUUGAAUGGGUGACAACCCUUAUAACAGAUAUACCAUGCGUUAUAAAUGCUAAAUAUUAUCCGUUUGAUGAACAGACAUGCGAAAUAGUUUUCACACCAUGGGGUUAUAACGUUUCGGAAGUAUAUCUUUACACAGCAGAUGACGUGUUGAAUACCGCUCAAUACGAAGUAAACGAAGAAUGGACUAUGCAAGCUGGAGCUGCAUCUAACUAUUCUGUUGAUGGAAUUUCGUACCUUAAAUAUGAGUUUAAACUUAAAAGGAAAUAUUUAUGGUUCUUUAUAAAUAUGGUAGCACCAAUCAUUCUACUAAGUAUGUUGACAGCUUUUGUCAACAUGAUUCCUGUUGAUUGUGGCGAAAGACUGACAUUUCUUCUGACCAUAUUUCUUGGACUUGCUUUUUAUAUGGACAUGGUGCAAAGAACAAUACCGCGAACAUCAAAUCCAAUGCCUUUUAUUUCAUUCUAUCUAACAGGUAUGGUUUACCUCAAUUCGUUUGCUAUCAUAAUCAACAUCUUCCUUAUGAGGAUUUACAACAAGGACCCCGAUUCAACUGUUCCCGUGGCCGUUCGAUGUUUCAUUGCAACACUAACUUGGCGAUGGUGCUGUCCCAAAAAAGUCAAACCGGAUCCGGAUGCUAUCCAGCCAAUCGAAACGGACAAGGAACACACCAGUCCAGUAGAAACAAUCACUCUAGCACCUAUGGAGAGAAUAGACUGGCGAACAACAGGAAUAGCAUUAGACAUUCUUUUCUUCUACGUGUUUACUUUUAUGCAUGUUCUUUGUUCAAUACUUUUUCUAGUGCCACUUUCGCAAGGGGCAAUUUACAAUAUUUAG